AUGUUUGAUGUGGCUUCUCCCGCAGGGUUUCCCAGUGUGGAUGACAUGGCCACUGCGUCACUGAGAGCAGAGUCCAGCCACAGCCUCAGAGGAACCUCGCAGCUCCAUGCCACCGUUUCCUGUGCCAAAAUCAAGAGGAAGAAGAGUCUGUUUGGGGCGGCCAUUUACGUCGAAGCAUCGGCAGAUGGAGAGUCUCGACGAACCGCCAAAUCCCACAGCUCAUCCAGCCCCAAGUGGGACGAGCGACUCACACUGAAUGUAACGCCGCUCUCCCAUCUGGAUUUCAAAGUAUGGAGCCACAACACACUGAAGGCAGACGCUCUCCUGGGGAAAGCCUCGUUGGACUUGAUGCAGGCGCUGGAGCAACACGACCGAAAGUUGGACAAUGUGAAGGAGGUUCUGAAGCUGAGUGUGGAUCAGAAAGGAUCCGUGGUUCAGACCGGAGAGUUGACGGUGUUCCUGGACGGACUGGUGCUUUCUGAGCAGAACGAGCUGGCUCCUCUCACCAACGGCAACGCGGCCAAUGGCAAAGUCCAACAAAACGGAGAUGCGAUUCAUGAAAAUGGAGAGUCCUCAUCCUCACGGGCUGCGAACAGUGUAAUGAAUGGCACGGAGCUGGGGGUCCGAUCCGGCUCCUUCUCCACCUCCAACAGUGUGGACAGUGGGGCUCCGUCCAGCUCCUGUAGCCCCGCUCUGGGCCAUGUGCUGAACGGAGACUCAUCCCACAGAAACACCCCCACCCACCAGCCCUCCGACAGCGACACAGACAGCAGGACCGUAAACGGUGAAUCAUGUGACGCUGCCCCUGGGUCGUCCUGUCCAAACACUGAAGCUCCUCCCGUCUCAGAGAACUGCUCUUCAGACCCUGUGCCACCGGGAGGCGCCACAAAUGGCACAUCCCCCACCCCCACUCACAACUCUUCUUCUACUGCUGAUUCCGUUGUGAACCCCUCCACCUCCACAGCAGCAGGAGGCGCUACCACCACCACCACCACCUCACCCAGUUCUUCACCAGCGAUCGGAGAAAACAACACAACGGCGACGGACGCAGCGAAGCCCAGACAACAGGCAGCGAAUGCAGGAGGAGCCGACCCUCUGCCCCCAGGGUGGGAGCAGAGGAAGGACCCUCACGGCAGGACGUACUAUGUGGAUCAUAACACGAGGACAACGACGUGGGAGCGACCACAGCCACUGCCUCCUGGGUGGGAGCGGCGCGUGGACGAUCGGGGAAGAAUCUACUACGUGGAUCACAACACACGCACCACGACCUGGCAGCGCCCCACCAUGGAGUCUGUGCGCAACUUUGAGCAGUGGCAGAGUCAGCGCAGCCAGCUGCAGGGAGCCAUGCACCAGUUCAACCAGAGAUACCUCUACUCUGCGUCCAUGAUGUCUGCAGAGAAUGAUCCACUGGGCCCUCUACCUCCAGGAUGGGAGAGACGCGUAGACUCCAAUGACCGUGUCUACUUUGUGAACCACAACACCAAGACGACGCAGUGGGAGGAUCCCCGAACACAAGGGCUGCAGAACGAAGACCCGCUUCCAGAGGGUUGGGAAAUCCGUUACACCAGGGAGGGGGUGCGAUACUUUGUGGACCACAACACGCGGACCACCACCUUCAGUGACCCCCGCACCGGGAAGUCGUCUGUCACCAAAGGACCUCAGAUCGCCUACGAGCGAAGUUUCAGGUGGAAACUCGCUCACUUCAGAUACUUGUGCCAGUCCAACGCUCUCCCGAGCCACGUCAAGAUCACCGUCUCCAGACAGACGUUAUUCGAGGACUCGUUCCAACAAAUUAUGGCACUGAAGCCGUACGACUUAAGGCGGCGGCUGUAUGUCAUCUUUCGAGGAGAAGAAGGGCUGGACUACGGAGGACUCGCUCGGGAGUGGUUCUUCCUGUUGUCCCACGAGGUCCUGAACCCAAUGUACUGUUUGUUUGAAUACGCCGGGAAGAGCAACUACUGUCUGCAGAUAAACCCGGCCUCCGCCAUCAACCCGGACCACCUCUCCUACUUCUGCUUCAUAGGACGCUUCAUCGCUAUGGCACUUUUUCAUGGGAAGUUCAUUGACACUGGUUUCUCGUUGCCUUUUUACAAACGAAUGCUCAACAAAAAACUCAUCCUCAAAGACCUGGAGUCCAUCGACCCGGAAUUCUACAACUCCCUCAUCUGGAUCAGAGACAACAACAUUGAGGAGUGUGGGCUGGAAAUGUACUUCUCUGUGGACAUGGAAAUUCUGGGGAAAAUCACAUCCCACGACCUCAAACCUGACGGAGCCAACAUCCUGGUGACUGAAGAGAAUAAGGAAGAGUAUAUCAGCUUGAUGGCAGAGUGGAGGUUUUCUCGCGGCGUGGAGGGACAGACUAAAGCCUUUUUAGACGGUUUCAACGAAGUGGUUCCUCUGCAGUGGCUUCAGUACUUUGACGAGAAAGAGCUGGAGGUGAUGCUGUGUGGGAUGCAGGAGGUGGAUCUUCAGGACUGGCAGAGAAACACUGUGUAUCGACAUUACACCAGGAACAGCAAACAGAUCAUAUGGUUCUGGCAGUUGGUGAAAGAAGUGGACAAUGAGGUUCGUCUGCGGCUGAUGCAGUUCGUCACAGGGACCUGCAGGUUACCGCUCGGAGGCUUCGCUGAACUCAUGGGAAGUAACGGGCCUCAGAAAUUCUGCAUUGAGAAAGUGGGGAAAGACACGUGGCUUCCCAGGAGCCACACCUGUUUUAAUCGCCUGGACUUGCCGCCGUAUAAAAGCUACGAGCAGCUGAAGGAGAAGCUUCUUUUCGCCAUUGAGGAAACGGAGGGAUUCGGCCAAGAGUGA